GGGAUGGCGGCGGGCGGCGGCUCCCCGAGCAUCGUCGAGUUCUUCGGCGGGGAGGAUGGCUACCGCUGCGGCUACUGCAGGAGCGACACCGGCAACAUCUCGCACGGUAUGUGGGCACAUUCGAUGACAGUUCAAGAUUACCAGGAUCUCAUAGACAGAGGAUGGCGAAGAAGUGGAAAAUAUGUCUACAAACCUAUCAUGAAUCAAACAUGUUGUCCUCAAUACACAAUAAGGUGCCAAGCUUUGCAUUUUCAGGCCUCCAAGUCCCACAAGAAGGUUCUGAAGAAAAUGUUGAAAUUUAUUUCCAAAGGAGAUGUUUCAAAGGUAGCGAGUGAAGAAGAGCCGAUGGAUUCCCAUAUAGAGGAUGUGGCCACGUGUGAUUUUGCAUACAAAAGUGAGUCUCGGGUCAGUCAGUCUGACCUGACUCCCUUGGCUGUGGAUCAGGCUGAGAGGGUGGAGAAUGAAGACGAGGACUCAGGAGAAACAAAAGAAGAGGGGAAUGUGCAGAAGGUGGAAUCGGAUUCUGUUCAGAUCUGUGCAGACAAGGACACCCCAGUCCCUGCAGAACCAUCACAUUCAGCUAAAGCUGUUCAUGCACCACCCAAGCCAGGGAAAGGGGCUGAUCUGAGCAAGCCCCCGUGUCGGAAAGCAAAGGACAUCAGGAAAGAGAGAAAACUCCAGAAGCUCCUGCAGAACCAGAUGGGCACAGCAGAAGGCUCUCAACUUCAAGGAGAUCAAACUUUCCUCUUGCAAAACUCUAAAUCUAAAACAAACCAGCCUAAAAACAUUGAAGACUUUGUUUUUGUCCCUCUACCUGAUGAUGCACGACACAAAUUAGAGGUGAGGGUGGUGAGAUCAUCUCCACCAAGUUCACAGUUCAAAGCCACAUUUCAGGAGUCUUACCAGGUCUAUAAACGUUACCAGAUGGUCAUUCACAAGGACCCACCUGAUAAACCAUCCAUAAAUCAGUUCACACGAUUCCUCUGUGAUUCCCCUCUGGAGGCAGAGCAUGCCCCAAACGGACCAGAAUGUGGCUAUGGCUCCUUCCACCAGCAGUACUGGCUGGAUGGGAAGAUCAUUGCUGUUGGUGUCAUUGAUAUCCUGCCCUACUGUGUGUCCUCAGUCUAUCUGUACUACGACCCAGACUUCUCUUUCUUAUCUUUGGGAGUCUACUCUGCAUUACGGGAAAUUGCUUUUACCAGACAGCUUUGUGUAAAAGCUCCUGAUCUCUGUUUUUAUUAUAUGGGUUUCUACAUUCAUUCAUGCCCCAAAAUGAGAUACAAGGGUCAGUACAGGCCCUCUGACCUGCUGUGCCCUGAGACCUACGUGUGGACGCCCAUUGAGCAAUGCCUGCCCCUGCUCGAGCACUCCAAGUACUCCCGCUUCAACCAGGAUGGAAAAGCAGUCGAUGAAGGUCGCCUGAAGGAGCUGGGCAGGGUGAGGGUGCUGCACAAGAGAACCGUGAUGCCUUACAGCGUGUACAAGAAGAGGAGGAAGGGGCCCAGUGAUGAAGCCAGUGUCCAGCAAUAUGCCAGCCUGGUGGGACAGACCUGCUCAGAGAGAAUGCUGCUGUUCAGGAGCUGAGGCCCCACGAGAUGGCAUUUCAGUGGCUCCACAUUUCAUUGCACUGCCCCUGGGUGAUGUGUACCAUAGUCGUGUGCUGGUGUGCCCACUCAGACAGGCUGAAACACAGGUAUAUAGCCAGGCUUGUGUCAAUACAUGGUGCUGUGUGUAAAGGCCAGCUCCAGUAAAUCUUACAGCAAGGCUUUAGCAAUAUAAGUUUAGAAAAACACGCUUGCAGUAUAUUUUAAUUAAGUAGUUCUAGCCUUUCUAUGCAUUAUGAAUAAUUCUAAGUAUCUAAGCAAAAUGAAGAACAGGUGUCUUUUUUUGUUGUUUUUUUGUAGAGAUGAAGGUUGGCUAAAUCUAGAUCAAGAAUCAUUAAGUUACAGAUGUUUUCAAAUAGCACCUUGGGUAUCUGUUGUUAAAAAUUGCUGUGAAAUUUGUGCUCACAUUUGUAUGCUCCUAAAAUCUUGCAAGAGGACUGAAAUGUGCUAUUACUUUCCAGCAUGAUACCAUUUUAUUUCAGCAGUGUGUUUAAAAAACGGGAAGGAAUUAUUUUCACUGCACAUUCUUCAUUUGUUUAAAGCAGUAAGUCAGUGUCAGAGGUCCCAGUGAGUGUAGGAGUUCGU